CAGGGUGUUGUCUGGUGUGUGUUUUUUUUGAUGGAAGGAAAAUAUGGUCACGUACUUUCUGGAAAUAAGCCCAUCACUUCUCUCUCUCUCUCUCCCUCCCUCUCUCUCACUCAUAGAGGUCGACUGCAUCUCCGAGGAGGGAAAAGAGGUGACUGAUCAAUAUUAAGCAGAACUGUCAUUCCGUUUGACUUCACCUGCCCGCCUCACUGUCUGGAAAGAUGCGAAUGGGGAAGGCGCUAAGGGGAUAGCAGCUAACCUUACCAUCGACUCGGUGGUUUCACAGGAGGGGGGUAAAAGAAAACACAGCCAGAGACAGAGAGAGCGAGAGAGAGAAAAUAAUACACACACAGCACACGCCAACCCCCCCCCCCCCAACCCCACCCCACCUCAAAACAAACAACAACAAAAAACAAUUCACAGCUUCGGGUCUUCGUUUCCGAGUCAUGUCUGAGCCGGAGAGAUGGGCAAGAUUGACGACAACGAGCGGAUAGUUCUCAACGUUGGGGGAACUCGGCACGAAACUUACAGGACCACGUUGAAGACGCUGCCCGGGACCCGGCUAGCCCUGCUCGCCGACUCGGAUGGGCAGAGCGUCCCUGACUGCGACCCCCGAGUUAACCAGUACUUCUUCGACCGCCACCCGGGAGUGUUCGCCUAUGUGCUCAACUACUACCGGACGGGCAAGCUGCACUGCCCGGCUGAUGUGUGCGGGCCCCUCUUCGAGGAGGAGCUCGCCUUCUGGGGCAUCGAUGAGACCGACGUGGAGCCUUGCUGCUGGAUGACCUACAGGCAGCACCGGGACGCCGAGGAAGCGCUGGACAUCUUCGAAGCGCCCGACCUGCUGAACGGCGAGCCCCCGGAGCCAGACGACGAGGAUGAGCUCAACAGGAGACUGGGCAUCGAGGAGUGCAGCCCGGGCGCUACGGGCAAGGCCAGCCGAUGGAAGAGGUGGCAACCCCGGAUCUGGGCACUCUUCGAAGAUCCCUACUCAUCCAGAGCAGCCAGGUUCAUUGCCUUUGCCUCUUUAUUGUUCAUCCUCGUCUCAAUCACCACCUUUUGCCUCGAGACACAUGAGGCAUUUAACAAGAUUGUUAACAAAACAGAACAUGUAAUAAAUGGGAAUUCAUCUCAAUUAAUCCAACAUCUUGAGAUGGAAACAGACCCGGCAUUGACAUACAUUGAAGGUGUAUGUGUAGUAUGGUUUACUAUUGAAUUUUUAGUUCGAAUUAUCUUCUGCCCUGAUAAACUUGAAUUCAUCAAAAAUCUUCUAAAUAUUAUUGACUUUGUUGCAAUUUUACCCUUUUAUUUGGAGGUGGGACUCCGUGGACUUUCAUCAAAGGCUGCAAAAGAUGUGUUGGGCUUCCUCAGGGUGGUAAGGUUUGUCAGAAUUUUGCGAAUCUUCAAGCUAACCCGUCACUUUGUGGGGUUGAGAGUUCUUGGACACACUCUCCGUGCUAGCACUAAUGAAUUUCUGCUCUUAAUCAUUUUCUUGGCACUGGGUGUGUUGAUAUUUGCUACAAUGAUUUACUAUGCUGAGAGAAUCGGAGCAAACCCAAAUGAUCCAACAGCUAGUCACCACACCAAGUUCAAAAAUAUCCCUAUUGGAUUUUGGUGGGCAGUCGUAACCAUGACAACACUUGGAUAUGGAGACAUGUAUCCUCAGACCUGGUCGGGCAUGUUAGUAGGAGCUCUCUGUGCCCUUGCGGGCGUGCUGACAAUAGCAAUGCCUGUACCAGUUAUUGUCAAUAAUUUUGGAAUGUACUAUUCACUGGCCAUGGCAAAACAGAAGCUUCCAAGAAAGAGAAAGAAACACAUCUCCCAAGCUCCACAAGCAGGGUCUCCAACUUAUUGCAAAACUGAUCUGAAUACACCUUGCAACAGCACUCAAAGUGAUGUGUGUCCUUUUGGGAAAGAUAAGCUGGAGUGUAACAGGACAGUGUUGUCAGGUGAAGACAGUGCAGGAAGUGACCAACCACUAUCUCCUGAAGAGAGGCUUCCAAUCAGACGGUCUAGCACCAGGGACAAAAACAGAAGCGGGGGAACAUGUUUCUUGCUGACAACAGGUGAUUAUGCGUGUGCUACUGAUGGAGGGAUCAGGAAAGAUAACUGCAAAGAUGUUGUCUUUACUGGUUACACGCAAGCAGAGACAAGCGCUCAUUCUUAAUGGCUUCAGGAAGGCACAAACAUGAAAAGAGGUAACAUAUCCAUCAUCUGGGGUAACAUUUCAAUCCAACAAGAAAUGCCUAGCUGGUUUAGCUGAAACCAUACUGGACAUUCAUAUCCAUGUCUUAA